AUUUCAACGAUGUUUUUUAACACCCAAAUUACGCCUCAGGAGUCGUCGGAUUAGGAAUAAAAAUGGAUUUCUCACCUCAGGCGCGCGUUGUGGAACCGCCGCCAAUAUCCCGGCAAAUUGUUGUCAAAAUAAUUCUAUCCAUCAUCGACAUCCUAUUUAAUGUUGCUGCCGGGCGAUAUGCCGCUCUCACUGGCGCAAAAAUCAAUUCUUGGUCCAGGUCCAGCAGCACCGCUCAGAUAAUCUACAACAAAACAGAAAUAGCAAGUCUCGGUGCUAAAGCUGGCGCUUUCAAGGCUGCUAUCCUUGCGUUCUGGCAUUUUGGCACAGAAUACGCAGACUUGAAUUUGCCGAUUGGGUUAAUCUUUGCAAUGAUUAGUAGCAGAUUUGGGAUUGCAGUUUUGGUGACAUGCCUUGUCUCUUCUUUGGCGUUGGGUACAGUGAACGAAGCCCUUGUUAAACCGGCGUUGGUUGCCUCGCUGUUUCUUGGUUCAGAGAUGAUCCCUGCGAUAACUGGGAAUUCCUUGACAACUGCAUUCUGGAAUGCCCUGUCUGGGUACUUGUUUGCCGUUAUAGCACGACGAGAAGGUAUAUCCUCUCCCUCAAGCAUACGUCGCAUUUCGUUAUCUCUAAUGUGCUCAUACCCAAUUGUACAUGUAUGUAGGCUUCGAAGUCUGCUCCAACAAAGCUGGGUUCUCCGCCGGCCUGGUAUACGGCAUAUUCACGACAUUGAAAACAAUUUUCAUCAUUCUCGCUCGAGGUCCUACAGUCUCGCAUUCCACGACAUCUGCUGUAGGUACCAGAACGACCGUCCGGAAUAAUCUUGAGACGUAUACUGUUUUCGACCCUAGCGUUAAACCAAGGUCUCCGAUAUCUACAUUUGAUAAAUAUCCUAUUGGAAUCAAGGAUAGAUAUGAAAUGCUUUCGAGUGUUAACGGUCAUUUUAAUAGUAUGGAAACGUAUGAAGAAACAUCGACAACAACCACCUUUUUAGGAUCGUCAUAUACUUCGGGCUCUUCCUGGAGAAGUGGGAGCGGAAGUUAUUCGGGAUUGUCUUUUGGCAAUUGAAGAGGUGGUUGAUAUCAUGAUUCCUUUGUAUCUUUGUUAAUUAGUCUAUGGAAAAAGAAAUACCUUG